GGGAUCGCCUGAUGACAGCGGCUGGUGAAGAAGGAAGCCUUAUAGGCGCACACGAGCUAGCCUUUAUGCGCGAUCGAGGUCUUCCGACUAAUCCACGUGCUCUCGCGGAGGACUUGGAUACAUUUAGAGCUUCAUCAGAGACGAUAAACCGAAGCGAUCCGAUGGUUCAUCUGGAGUUAAGGCUGCAGAGUAAAAUGUAUUUGAUGUAUUUAUUUGGAAGUGAUUUAUAUUAGAGCUCACCGUAAUCCAUCUCGAAGUUCAUCCUGAGACCGUUAUCCCCUUGCAAACGUCCCUGAGAUGCUUCCGAAGAUGGAUAAGGGUGAGCCAUAAUUAUAGCACUCCUGUGACUUCUUUUCGGUUUAUUUACCUUUCAAAAGAAUACGAAAUCUCUAAUUCAAGGCCAGCACAGACAUGCUGCUCCAGACGAGGAUAUUACCACUGCGAAGGGGAGCAGAACUCAAAGUACAACUAGAGGAACAGGGUACGUCGACUCGCCAGAUCGUACUGAAAUCAUUGAGCGCGUUUUGUCCAAGCCCAUAGAGCUGGAGCGCUACCUGAACGGCCAAAAGCCUGCUCUGUUGGAGCAAGAGGCCUUGGAGGAGAGCCCACGACUACCGAGCAAGCGACGACAGAUGGAUGCAGAAUUAGGAUGAAGAUACUAGGCAAUGAAUCUUCAGACCACGGAUAAAAAACCCUAUAGCUAUAAGAAGUUGGAUCCGUGUACAUUUGAAUUUGUCAACGUAGUUGCCUCUCAAAAUAAUUUCUCAGCGAAGCUACAAUUAGAAGUAGUCUCUAAUGAACGCGUUUUACCUGAACGGACGGGUAGCCUUGGCCGCGGCGGUGACUCCUGGAAUGUUAGCCGACGAUCGAACGUAUACUUCAAAAUUUCGAGAGAGACGCGAUGGCGCACAUCAUCUGACACGCGCAAGGGAUAGGGAAGCCGAUUCUUUCUUAGAAUACAUCGACGAGUUUACACGACGUGCUGACGAGCUAAUUCUAAGUAAUCGAUCUGUCUCACGCUCCUCGACGUCCUAAAAAAGAACAAGAACU